UAUAUACAGCACCAUGCCGAAGAAACACUCCAGUCAAUUGUAAAAUAACGCAGAGUGGAUUUAGCAAGAAAAUUGUGUUGCAAGAGUGAUUUCACAACGACUUGUCACGAUGCUGAAGAAAGCAUUAGUCUUGAGCAUCUUCAUCUCCUACGUUUGUUGCCAGCGAUUCAACGAAUUUCAUUUUGUUGACCCUUUCUCCGAGUCAUGGAACUGGCACAGUCGCCACAAUUUAUUUCCUCGCGAAAGAGAAGUUGAGGAAAUCACCGAACGAGACCGUGAGCAACUGAGUCCCAAUUACCAGGACCCUGCCACUUCUGGCACCGAGGAGAAGCCCGUUCUCAAGCCAAAACCCCAAAAACCCUCCUCCUCCUACAACCCUUCUGUUAUUCCCGGUGGUGUUGUGGACAUCGAUGCCGUCGGAAGUCCUCAACUCCCAACCUUUCCGGAGGCCGACUUCGGCUUUUCCUCGUUCGGAGGCGGAGCUCACUCACCUGUUGGGGGUGGUCUUUUUGGACUUGGGGGUUUCUUCGGUUCGGUCUCUGACUUGAAGCCGUGGUGGAAAGGUCCUAACGUGUGUAUCGAACGUGAAGAAUCAGCCGAUGAUGACGAAGAGGAGGAAGACCCUCUCGAAUCGAAAAAGAACGAAACCGAAAGUGAAACCGAAAAAGUCCCCAACUUUUUCUCAACAGCCAUCAGCUUGUCCAACUGCCGUCAAUCGGCUAACAAAUACGAAUGUGUUACAAAAAUUAACAAUCAUGGUGUCGUGAAAACCUUCACGGUCCGUUACAAGUGUUGUUAUGGUUUUGUGCGUACGAAAGGGGGCUCAGGAUGUGAAAAACAACUCGAAUUGAAACCUCUCCUAGAGACCAUCAAUGAUUUGGACGCCAAAGUCUUCCGCAAUUUGAUUCAAAGCACCGGCCUGGAGGAGACUUUCAAAAAUGGCAACUACACGAUCUUUGUGCCCACUGACACGGCUCUCAACGAGUUCAACGAGAAAAUGCUAGAACUGAAUAACGUGGACUUGCGAGGUGACGCAAAGAACGCUCUCUCGAACAACGAUCUCGUCCUCAGUCAUGCCGUUGCCGGUUUCAUCGACCUAACGGACAAUUCCAAUGAAGACAUAAUUUACAGCGAAAAUAAAAACAGCUCGAUCAGGAUCAACACGUAUCCGACUCAGAAUCACGAGAAGAUGGUCACGGUCAAUUGCGCAAAAAUCACAAAGCCGAACAAUCUCGCUAGUAACGGAAUCGCAUAUCUAAUCGAUGGAGUUGCCACACCGGCCACACAAACCAUUGAAGAUAUCAUUAAAGAACACAAGAAACUGUCCAACUUCCGAAAAGUACUUGAAAGCACCGAUUCUUUCAAAAAUUUGCGAGUGAAUGGCCAUUAUACGAUUUUCGCGCCAACCGAUGAAGCCUUUAACAAACUUGAGCCUGCAGCUAAGCAAAAGUUGCUCCGAGGAGAUGCUUGCGCUGUUAGCAUUCUCAAGCACCACGUUACAGCUCACACUGUGUGUUCUGCGGCCAUUAUGGGCAAUGCUACCACACAUAAUAUCGAAGGCGAAAUUCUCAACUUGGAGAGGACAUCCGAUGACCAGCUUAUUCUGGAGGAGAAGGCCAAACUGAUCGAAACUGACAUCAUGGCUAUUAAUGGUGUUAUCCAUUUGAUUGAUACUGUUUUAAUCCCUGAUUCAGCCCUCCAUAUCAAUGCAGCUUUGAAGAAUGAGAAUUUGACCAAAUUCAGGGAAUUGAUCGAACAAGCCGGUUUUGUUGAAGAUAUCGAUAAUUUGAACAAUGCUACAGUUUUUGCUCCAUCAAAUGAGGCUUUUGAUGACCCCAAAGUCGUCAAAUUGUUAAACGAGAUCAAGGGAGAUAAAGAGAAAUUGAGGGAUUUGAUUCUGUAUCACACUCUUCAAGGACAGUUACAAUCCUGCGAUAUGAACAAUAAUGCCCUCUUAAAAACAAACGACCAUGAUAAGGAACUUCGACUCAAUUUGUAUUCAACGUUGCCGUUGUUUAGUAACGUUAUAAACCGAGGGACCAUUAACUGCGCUAGAAUCGUCGGUUUCGACGAAAAAUCGUGCGGCUCGGUGAUCCAUGAAGUCAGCAAGGUCCUUCUACCUCCAACCCAAACCAUUCUUGACCUGAUUAACGCCGAUUCGAAAUAUAGCACUUUGAGUGGAAUAAUCAAAGGAACGGAAGUUGAGAAAAUCCUGCAGGAAAACAAUCGUUCAAUCACCUUCUUGGCACCCACUGACGAGACUCUCGCUGCAAUCGACGAAGCCGAUUUGAAGACACUCAAAGAGGACAAGGAGAAGGCCACAACGGUGUUGAAAAACCACAUUUUAACGGAAGUUUUAUGUUGUUCGGGAGUGGGGCCACAAUCGUGGGGUUUCAAUACUUUGGUCCCUACUAUGACCAGACAGCACCAUCAAGUUGGUAGGACUGGAAGUCAUCAAAUAAGGAUUGGACGGGCUGUUGUUACAAGCUGUGAUAAUUUAGCUACAAAUGGUGUGCUACACACUGUGAAUAAAGUAUUAUUCCCCCAAAGGCCGACUUCGCCCAGUUUUGGAGGGUUUUUCUUGUUUGAUUUCUAAUGUAUUCCAGAGUGAUAUUUUAAUUAGGUACGGACUGAGAAAAAUGUACUUUUCAAUCAUCUUUACAAACGCACUUAUUUAUAAUAAUUUAUAACAGGAAUUCGAGUUGUAGCAACGUUUAUAAAUAAAACUUUUAGAAAAAGAA